UUAAAUGGUAGAAGAAGAUAGAGGCCAUACGGUAUCGUCCUUGGUCCACAGAUUCACGCAAUCACACGCACUGUAUAUAUACGCGUAUAUACGAUCGUAGAUACGCCGUAUACAUAUGUAUUCAUACGCACGCGCAGCCAUCAGCCACAAAUGCGCACCUACCACGCUCAUAUAGCGAGUCUCUUCUUCUCUGAGCUCAUCACUCGCUCGACAAUGGAGUCAACAUUGCUCGCGGCGCCGGCAACAAUGUCUCUGGUAGCGCUAUCCAAAUCCGUGAACUCGAACUCUGUGCUGUCGGUUUGUCACUUCCGGCGCUGUUUCGCUACGAAUCGGGCAAGUCAGAUUGUGCUGCUGAGUCGGCUUGCUCGCGCGCAGCUCAGAAGCGGAGGGGAUCCGAGCCGGUUCGGAUCGGUUUCGCUGAGAAAUAGCUUGAAAUCGGGGGACUUACAGCCUGUUCGACGGGAGGUGCGGAGUGUCUCUGGCUCUGCAGCUUCCUUUGCAGCCGGAGGUGGAGGAAAUGAUGGAUUAAGUGGAAAUGGCGGCGGCGGCGGCGGUGGUGGUGCGCCGGAGGGCGGGAAGGAGAAUCCUAGUGUGAUUGCGGCAGCCGGAGAAGAUGCGUCUGUUGUAUCUUCUGAUGUCAUCAUUCUAGACGUUGGUGGAAUGACAUGCGGAGGAUGCGCAGCAAGCGUGAAAAGGAUUUUAGAAAGUCAACCACGGGUUUCUUCAGCUAGUGUUAAUCUUACAACAGAGACGGCUGUUGUAUGGCCAGUAUCUGAAGCCAAAGUUGUUCCAAAUUGGCAACAACAAUUGGGAGAGGAACUUGCAAAACACUUGACAAGUUGCGGAUUUAAAGCUAAUGUCCGAGAUUCCAGAAGAGAGAACUUGUUUGAAACAUUUGAAAAGAAGAUGAAUGCAAAGCGUGCUCAAUUACAAGCAAGUGGUCGUGGGCUUGCUGUCUCUUGGGCUUUAUGUGCUGUCUGUCUUGUAGGCCAUCUUUCUCAUUUCUUUGGAGCUAAGGCUUCAUGGAUCCAUUUACUCCAUUCAACAGGAUUUCAUAUGUCUAUGUGUUUAUUUACAUUGCUUGUUCCUGGUCGACAACUUAUAAUUGAUGGUUUGAAAAGUCUUCUUAAGGGGGCACCCAACAUGAAUACUCUAGUUGGUCUUGGGGCCUUAUCAUCUUUUGCUGUGAGCUCGAUGGCAGCAUUUAUACCAAAACUGGGCUGGAAAGCAUUCUUUGAGGAACCUGUUAUGUUGAUUGCAUUUGUUUUGCUGGGAAGGAAUCUUGAACAGAGAGCUAAAAUUAAAGCCACAAGUGACAUGACAGGCCUUCUUAAUGUUCUGCCAUCUAAAGCUCGUCUUGUAGUUAAUAGUGACAUGGGGGAACAGACCUCAACUGUCGAAGUUCCAUGUAGCAAUCUGUCUGUUGGAGAUCAGAUCAUUGUACUACCCGGGGAUCGUAUCCCUGCUGAUGGAAUUGUCAGAGCUGGUAGAAGCACAGUUGAUGAAUCAAGUUUCACAGGGGAGCCUUUACCUGUCACCAAAUUGCCCGGGGCUCAAGUUGCUGCUGGGAGUAUCAAUCUAAAUGGGAUGCUUACUGUUGAAGUGCAAAGACCGGGGGGUGAGACUGCUAUUGGGGACAUUGUUCGAUUGGUUGAAGAAGCACAGAGUAGAGAGGCUCCUGUACAACGAUUGGCUGAUAAGGUUUCAGGACAUUUUACUUAUGGAGUAAUGGCACUUUCUGCCGCCACAUUUAUGUUCUGGAACCUCUUUGGAACACGUGUUUUGCCUGCCACUCUUCAUCAAGGAAGUCUAGCUUCUCUGGCAUUGCAGCUCUCAUGUAGUGUCUUGGUUGUUGCCUGUCCGUGUGCACUUGGUUUGGCUACCCCGACCGCUGUGAUGGUUGGAACUUCACUUGGUGCCACACGGGGAUUGCUUUUGCGUGGUGGAAGUGUCUUAGAAAGCUUUUCUAUGGUGAAUACAAUUGUAUUUGACAAAACAGGAACGUUGACUAUUGGUAGACCCACCGUCACAGAAGUUGUUCCCCAAGGUCACAAUGACGAGACAAAUGCAAAACGAGAUUCAACUUCGACUUGCGAAUGGUCAGAAGUUGACGUUCUGACGCUUGCUUCUGGGGUGGAAUCGAACACCAACCAUCCCAUUGGAAAAGCAAUUGUAGAGGCUGCUAAGUCUAGGAACUGCCGGAUUGUAAAGGCAGAAGACGGAACAUUCAUAGAGGAACCUGGAUCAGGUGCAAUGGCAGUUAUUGAAGAGAAAAAGGUUUCCGUUGGUACAUUAGACUGGGUUAGAAGGCAUGGAGUUGGUGAGACACGAGUCCAAGAAUUCGACGACUUUAAGAACCAAUCAGUUGUAUAUGUAGGAGUAGAUGGUGUUCUUGCUGGCCUUAUUUAUGUUGAAGAUCAGCUCCGAGAAGAUGCCCGGCAUGUUGUUGAAUCCUUGUCUAAGCAAGGGAUAACCACUUAUUUGCUAUCAGGAGACAAGAAAAACGCUGCUGAGUAUGUAGCAUCAGUUGUCGGUAUUCCCAGGGAAAAUGUAUUUUAUGGAGUCAAGCCUGAUGAAAAAAGCAAGUUUGUGAGCGGACUUCAGAAGGAUCAGAAAGUUGUAGCUAUGGUUGGUGAUGGAAUUAACGAUGCUGCUGCCUUGGCAUCGUCACAUGUAGGAGUUGCUAUCGGUGGGGGGGUUGGGGCUGCAAGCGACGUGUCUUCUGUUGUGCUGAUGCAGAACCGGCUGUCUCAGUUGCUCGACGCGCUGGAGCUAAGUAGGCUUACCAUGAAGACCGUGAAACAAAACCUCUGGUGGGCAUUCGGAUACAACAUAGUUGGACUUCCGGUAGCAGCCGGAAUCCUGUUACCAUUCACCGGGACCAUGCUCACUCCAUCCAUCGCCGGAGCUCUCAUGGGGUUGAGCUCCAUCGGUGUGAUGACAAACUCAUUGCUCCUACGGCUAAAGUUUGCAUCAAAACAGAAAGAAAUUCAGGGACCGUCGGUAACAAUUCAGAUCCCUUCCAACAGUGAUGAUAGCGAUAAUAAUAGUCAUAAAGAAACAUUGAGGCAACCUUAUACGGAGAGCAGAUGAUGGUAAAAAACCUCGGCUUCCAAGAACAGCAGCAAAGGCGUUGCAAGUUGCAACUCCCUGUGUAUGGUUCCAGCACCCAAUCUGUAAACAGAAUGCAAUCCUUGAAAGACAAUACAGAAUUAUAUAUAGACAUAUGACUAUAUGAAGUAGCCAAAUUCUAUUCCCAUUUUUCUCCC